CACCAAUCAUCGCAACGACUCACGAUCCUCUCGACGACAGCCCGCGCUUCGGUCCUCCGCGAGCUCCUCUCUUCGUUCCUCUUCUUCGCCAAUUCUUUACGGCUUUUAAGCCUUUCAACAUCCCCUUCGUGGGGCUGCCGUACGCCGAACCCCGAACCAAUCUCCCGUCGCAUUACGACGACUCGGUCCCCAUAAAACAGACCCGACAGCGUCCUACACACACAACGUCAUCAUGCCUACCGCCGGCCUCAAGACCAUUAUCGCCCUGUCCUUCGUCCUCGCCGUAGGAUUCCUCCUCGUCAUCCUGUCCUGCGCUCUCUACAAGGUCUACUACCCGCUGCUCGUCGUCGCCACGUACGUCCUCGCGCCGCUGCCGAACUGGAUCUGCGGCCGAUGCGCGAAUCCGGAUGACUUUGUCGAGAGCGGCGGCGCUGCCGUUCUUGACGUAGGGAGAUUUUUCACUGGCUUUUUCGUUGUUAUGGGUAUCGCCCUUCCCGCCGUCCUCGCGCAUUCCGAUCUCAUCCGAGUCGAAGCCAUGAUCAUGUCCAUCACCGGCGGCUUGUUGAUUUACGGAACCAUCAUCAGCUUCGGCAUGUUCUUCCAAGAAGAACAGGAGUUUUAAAAGAAAAGAGAUGAGGGGAAUCAUUGACAGCCGAAGGGCCCGGGGUAGCGAGAACAAACCAGCCUGUUAUAAUGCGUGCACGAAGAAGAAAAAAAAACACGAAAGAAUGAUACAGCCUACCCAGAUUAAGAUGGUGCUUUCGACCUUAAGAGACUUUUUUUUUUUAUCCUGUGUACCAUAAUUUUUCUUUGAAGGGGGUUUCGAUACGAAGCAUAAGCGAUCUUCGAGGUUAUUCCUUGCG